AUGUCUAGUGAGACUCCAAGAUUAAGUCCAUCAGAAAUCUCAAAUACAACAGUCUCUAUAUUUAGACUAAUUGCUCAAGUUGUCUCUCAACCGACACAAUCUACAUUGAUAUUAAAAUCUCCAAAUGAUGCAAAGACUGAAGAAAUGAUAACGUUGAACAAUGUUAAACUUACAGUAGCAGAUAAAACAUAUGAAGUAGAUCAAUGGUAUGAAUUUAUUUGUAGAGCAAGUGAUUCAGGUGAUAUAGGGUUUUUGGUAUUAGAUUCGGUAAGUUGCCCAUUAACUGAAAAUGAAUCAAUGAGUAUUAAAGGUGUUGUCGCAUUACAAAAUUUAGCUAAAAGAUUCCCUGAUCUAUAUUAA